AUGCAGAGCGAUGAAGUUAUCUGGCAGAUCAUCAACCGCGGCCAUUGUAGCUACAAGAUGAAAACAGGCGGAGCAACUUUUUGCCGGAACAAAUACAACGUUACUGGCUUGUGUAAUCGAAGCUCGUGUCCCCUAGCGAACAGUCAAUACGCCACAAUAGUUGAGGAACGAGGCAUUGCGUAUCUUUGCAUGAAGACAGUCGAGCGCGCACAUAAGCCGGCAACAUUAUGGCACCGAAUCGCACUUGAUGGUAAUUAUUCGAAAGCCCUGAAGCAAGUUGACUCUCUUCUAGCACAUUGGUCUCGUUUCUUGCUUCACAAGAGCAAACAGCGUUUGACAAAAAUUACUCAGUACUUGUUGAGGACUCGGAUAUUAAUGCGCGAAAAAAAGCCAAGGCUGGUGACCAUCCCGGCACGUGAGCAGCAGAGGGAGUCGAGGCGCGAGUUUAAAGCACAAAUCGCUGCACAACUAGAAAAUUCAAUCGAAAAGGAGUUGUUGGAACGACUAAGAUCUGGAACUUAUGAGAAUCUCCACAUAAAAAGUUUGAAAAACUACAGUGAUCAGACUCAGGGGCUCAACUUCGACUCGCGAAAACAUCUUGAAAUUGAAUAUGAAGACGAUCUCGGGCCAGGGCUUAGCUAG